AAAUCUAAAUUAACGUUAUGGCUAAUGGGGCCUUUUGACAGCAUCUGGCGGAAAACAACAGUAGUCAAAAUGACCUGUCUGCCUGUCACUGCUCAUAAUGUUGUUUAAUGGAACGUGACCUUGGUGACGCAUGCGGAGCAGUAAUAGAUUUCACUGUCACAGUUAUCAAUUGUGUUUUAAUCCUCUUGCUACUUGUUUCAUGAUGUAAAACCGGCAGUGCUGGGAAAAGAAAUGUCAAAAGCUUGUUUAGUAACAAGUCAAAAACCCCAAUACUAGACAGGGCUUAAUAGAAAACACCUUUCCCAAAACAUGCCCAAACCACCUGAUUUGGAAAACAAUGCACCGCUCACUAGGUAAGGUGAGGUACCUUACUGCCAUUGCCCCAGCAUACGCUAAUGACUUGGUACACAGCCAAACACAAAUAAUUUCCCCAUUUGAACUCAUAGCCAGAAAGGCUUCAGAUCUGCCUCCCAGACACUUUUGACAUGACAGUUUGAUAUGUUUACCCCUCAACCCCUUACAAACCAUCCCCUUUUUGUAAUAAAAGGCACUGUUUGCCCAAGAGCAGUAACCCACAGCUGCCAAUAAAAUGGUAACAGGUAAAUGCUACCUGCUGAUUGGUUGAUAUGGGUUACUGCUCCUGGGCAAACUUUUACUACAUAAAAAUAUUUAUGCUGUUAUGUGAGCCCUUUAUGAAUGUGAAUACUUCGUUAUCUUCUCCCUUGCUCCCAUCCAAUGCAAUUAGUCAAAAAUAGUAAGGUAGGGAACAAAACUGCUGCAAAAAUUGCCUUUAUUGACAAGGGUUCAAGCUGCACAGGCUCUUUAUCAAUUGUCUUAAUAUCUAAUAGUAAUUUCACUACAUAACCCCCCCCCCCCGCACGACUGGGACCCUAUCUGAGAGAAUGCAGAAAGAUGGCAACCUGCUUUAGACAAAUAUAGCAUCUUUCUGGUAUCACACAAGCUACACACUUAUUCUGUAACCAUUCCCCCAUCUCUGUUUAAAAAUUGUGGGGAGUUAGGUGACCUCAUGUUUAUGCCCAAUUACAGAUGGUUUCAAGUCUUUGUGCUCCUGAGCCAAAUACUACUCCCAUGUAUAUUCCUGCUGGGCAAGCUACUUCCAAAGACCCACUAAUCAUCAUCAAGAAGUGAUGGGCGAAUCUGGCAUGUUUCGCUUUGCUGAAAAUUCGCCAAAAUGCAUUGAAUGCGUUUUUCCCACCCAUUUGGAGUCUAUGGGUGUCAUUUUUGCAGUGAAACUCUGUAAAAAAUUUUUGCUCAUCACUAAUCCCAAACUCUGAUCAGCCAAAUACUCAUGGCCACCCACCUCUCCAUUGCAGCCAAAUGCAAAAUGUCAACUCUGCCUCUACUUGAGCUGAAAUCAAACAAAGGGUGGAGAAAAAUAAGUUAUUCAAAUUGGGCUCCAUAACAAAAUGCCCACUUCUUGGAAGUCAUGAUGCCUUGGAAAAUGUUAGAGGUUUGUCGGAGUCAACAAAUGCUCUUUGAAGAAGUGGUUGCUAAUUGGCAGUUGCCACAGCUAUGAAUUAAGUGAGAGGCAGAGCAAAGCUGUGACAUAUGAUUGGUUCAGGAACCAAAAAGUAACAGUUAAGUUGGCAAAGCCACCAGAUGUCCCGAUGAUCCAAGGACUAGAUAUUUCUUUGCCAGCCUUGGAUCAGAAGGGUCCUUAUUGGUCCAUAUCUAAAAUCAAAUCUAAAGGGAGAAUGGAAGAUGAAGUUGUCCUUUAAUAUGUAGGACAGAUAUUUUGUGUCUGCACCAUUGCUUUGUUUUGGGUCAGGACUACUGGUCCCUGCUGUGAUCUGGCUGUGCCUGGUAUCUGUUUAGUGUUUAUAUUCCCGUUGUUUACCUGCUAACAAAAGCUCUGGAGUAGAAAGGUGAAACAGAUCAGUCUGGGUGGCAGUUGAGGAGGUAUCUGCCUGGAUCCCGGUGCUCCAUCUGUCAGUUCACCAUGCUUAGUACGGUGUGUAAGAGCUUUAUCCUUACUCUGUGUAUCUGUUGGGCUCUCGCUGCAGACGGUGCAUUAGAACAUAAUCGAUUUCAUUAUGAUGACUACACCCUGCGAAUGGGAGGACUGAUCUUUGCAGGCUUGAUGCUGACCAUAGGAAUCAUUGUACUAAUCAUGCACCUGGUUUUUAUACAACCAAAACUUGCCUCCAAGCCUGGAAUUCAAAAAUAAGCAGCAGCUUUGAGGCCACUGGGAGCAACAUCCAAGGGUUUGGAGAGCAAUGUGUUGCUCAUGGGCUACUGGUAGGAAACCACUGGUCUUAGAGUACCAAAACUUGCGUCCCAACCAGAAAUUCAAAAACAACACCUGUUUUGAUUCCACUGGGAGCAACAUCCAAGGGGUUGGUGAGUAACAUGUUGUUCAGGAACAGCUGGUUGGGGAUCACUGCCCUAUACAAUUCAAUCACUGGGCCAAGGGACACAUUUAUAUUUCCCUACCAUUAUAUGUGUGUCACACUCAUUUUAUUGAAAUUUUAAUGAAAUUCAGGGAAAACACAAAUAUGUUUUUUUUUACU